GGUUAGAAAGAGCGUCAUGGAGGCGCACGGCGGAGGCGGUAAGCCAGAGUCGCUGUGUCGGGUCUGCGGCGACAAAGCCUCGGGCAAGCAUUACGGCGUGCCAUCUUGCGACGGUUGUCGAGGCUUCUUCAAGCGGAGUAUUAGACGUAAUCUGGACUACGUCUGCAAGGAGAAUGGAAGAUGCGUGGUUGACGUGACGCGACGCAACCAAUGCCAAGCUUGCCGCUUCUCCAAGUGCCUCAAAGUGAACAUGAAGAAAGAUGCGGUGCAGCACGAACGCGCACCGCGUCCGGGCGUCUCGGCUCCCCAGAUGGCCCUGCAUAAGUUCGGCUAUCCAAUCUCUCGAUCACACUCGCUAUUCCCCACUCAUACGCCACUUACCUUCUCCGUGUUUCCCCCAUUACAUAGUUAUAACCUCCGCACGCCGGACACAGUCACACACAAUCCCUUCCUAGAAAGUUUCCAGGAUUUUUCGAGACUGCCUGAGUCAAUAUCCACGUCGGAUAUUUCGCACCUAAAUUCGCUUCAAGUGGGCUCGCUGGGUUCGUUGAAUCCUUUCAAGAUCUCCCUGCUGUCGAGCCCGCUGCAAUACCCAGUUCCGCACCCCAGCUACUUUCCACCCAACGUGUUCUACCCGCCCGUCAUUUCCAGCGACACUACGGCUCCCACCGAGCAAACAUGCAAAACCAUGUCGUCUCCAAAACUCGACCGGCCUCUUCACGUAGACGUAGCCGACAAACCUGACUCGCAGCACUCAGACAAACUAAAAGAAGACGAGGUUUCAAGUUCCGAAGAAGCCUUCAAAUCAGACUCCGUUUCUAAUUACAUACAGAGAGAGGAUUCUCCAACAAAAUUUGGCCAUCCAGCGCACAUAGUAUCAAGAAAUUCUGAAAAAAUCCAGGAAACUCAGUACAAAGACGAUGUGUUUACGGAAUAUAUGAAGGAAAGACAGAAAACCGUUCAAUCAGAAGGCUCGAAAUCUAUGAGCGUACAAGUCGACUCGAAACGUUUCUACGAGCAAUGGACAUUGUCUGGAGAAGUGUACGAACCGGCUGCAAAGUUACUGUUGCUGGCAGUGAAAUGGCUUUACACAGUGCCAUCGUUUCUUCAACUGAAAAGAACAGAACAGUGCUCUCUUCUGUGUGGCAAUUGGAGGGAGAUAUUCAUUCUCACAGCGGCGCAGCAUUCUUUUUACUUUGAUGAAGAUCAUAUCACUUCCGUAAUGUCGGUGAAGCGCCCCAACAUUAAGGAUGAAUUGAGAAACUUCGCCGUGGUGCUGGAUAAAAUAUCGCGUUGCAGACUUGAUAAGGCAGAGUACGAUUACUUAAGAUCGACGCUUUUGUUUCGAACAGAAGUUCUUGAUACAUAUUGGCCGCAUAUUGAAUCUCUCCAAGAAACAGCAUUAAUAUCGAUGCAGCGGCACUGCAGCGGACGAGAGGCGCGAGCUUGUCGCCUAUUGCUGCUCCUGCCAGCAGUCUGUUGCCUAGCGGCGCGGUCUCUACUCGAUCUCCUUCUCUUCCCCAGCACAACCACAGAAAAUAUUAAAACUACCCUCUCGAAAAUUCUACUCUACACUUCUUUGUGA